UGACCUGAGCCCACCUCAGUCUCGUGUCUCGAUAAGGUCUAGCCGAGCGCGGAGAUGGGGAGGAAAGGUGGAGCGAGGAAGGUGAACGGCCAGGACAUCGACGACGAGCUCGUCAACCUCAUAUUUUCUUGGUCCCUCCAGGAUGCCGUCCCAGGACCUCUUCAGGGACAAGGUGAGCACGAUACCUGACAGGUCCUUCGGUCUGAGGAGCUACCUGGAUUCAUUCAGGAUCCCGCUGCUGGAGGAAAUCCGGGCAGAGAUGAGCUCCAGCUUGGACACGCAGCAGGCCAAUUGCUCCAAGUCCAUCCGGAUACAGUCGCUGGCUCCCAUGACCAAGGGCGCCAGGAGCGCCCCGUUAUACCGCGUGACCAUCGCCGGCAUCGGUUCUUCCCCGUGCAUCAGCGACAUUCUCGUGCUCUCGGCGGCCAUGCCGCUUCGGCCGUCAGAACCGGCCAGCGACGGACGCCCGUACUGCCUCGCUCACGUCAAGCGUGUCAUCAACACUCGUAGCUUUGUGAUCAGAGCGUCCAAGAGGAUAGAAGAUGUAAGCUGCUACACUUCCUUUGUUAGCUUGCUCAGUUUCAUCCCCUACGCGCGCAUCUGGCGGUGCCUCAACCACGAAGCUGCCGUCGAGAGAAAUGCGGCCCUCGUCAAGGUCGUCGCCGGCGACGACACCAUGCAGAGCCCUUACCUGACGGGAGCGCGGCCUCGCCUCGACACCAGCGGCACCUGCGACGCGCUGCUGUCCGGCAGGCUGGCCGCGUUCGGGCUCAACGACUCGCAGGCCGGCGCCAUACUGAGCUGCGUCUCGGCGGUGCAGUGCAGCAGCGGCGCGACCGGCAGCAAGUUUAGCCUGAUCUGGGGGCCGCCCGGCACGGGCAAAACCAAGACCAUCAGCGUGCUGCUGCUGCUGCUGCUGCUCAUGACGACGACGACGAAGAAAAACCAGGGCAGCGAACGCCGUGUCCUGACGUGCGCGCCGACGAACACCGCCAUCUGCCAGGUCGCGUCUCGCCUCCUGUCGCUGAGGAAGAAGCAUGAUGCCGGCGGAGGGUGCCACGGCGAUCUGCUGCUGUUCGGCAACAAGCAACGCAUGCCCAUUGACAAGGACCUAAACGAGAUCUUCCUCGACACCCGCGUAAAGCGGCUAAGCAAGUGCUUCUCGCCCCUGACGGGCUGGAAGGAAUGUUUGCGUUCGCUGGAAGUUUUUCUGGGCGAUCCAAGAUCCCUGCGACACCAGUAUCUGCAGCAAGCAAUGGAAUGCGAGCAAAAAGAUGUCCCGAAAUUACUCGAGACGUCCUUCGUCAGGUCAAGGUUCCACGACAUCUCCCAGAAGCUUAGCGGGUGCUUCAGAACAAUCACGUCUCAUGUCCCUAGAGAUUGCAUCCUGGAGAAGAACUGCAACAACAUUGCUUCGCUCAAUAAGAUGCUCCAAGAUUUCGGCAAGCUGCUUGGCGGGAAGAGAGUUGGGAAUGAAGUGGUACUGGCCGUUUUCUUCGUCUUGCCAACGGGAGAGAAAUGCAAUGGUGCAGCGGGCGGUGCCGUGGCCUAUUCAGAGAUUGUUCACACCUUGAGGCAAAACAUGGCGGCAAUUCUAAGUGUCACAAGGACUCUGAUGCGAGAUCUGAAGCUCCCUCCCACACGCCAGUCUGGCACUAUCAAGAAGUUUUGUGUUCGAAAUGCCUCCCUUGUUUUCUGCACCGUGUGUGGCUCGGCUAAACUGAACGACCAGAAGAUGGAUUUGCUUCUCAUCGACGAGGCUGCACAAUUGAAGGAAUGUGAAUCCCUCAUCCCUUUGCAAGUCUCCGGACUGAAGCAUGUUGUUCUUAUUGGUGAAGAGUGCCAGUUGCCGGCAACCAUUAAAAGCGAGGUUUCAAACAGUGCGUUGCUGGGUAGGAGCCUGUUCGAAAGAUUGAGUUUGCUGGGACACAAGAAGCACCUCCUGAACAUGCAGUACAGGAUGCACCCUUCCAUCAGCAUCUUCCCCAACUUCAGUUUCUACGACAAGAAAAUCCUGGAUGGUCCGAAUGUCACGCAGAGCGGGCACGAGCGUGGUUACCUUCCAGGCGCAAUGUUUGGGCCGUACACGUUUAUCAACAUCGACAGCAGCGAAGAUCGCGGCCGCAGCAAGAGGAAUAUGGCCGAGGUAGCCGCCAUCCUGGAGAUACUGCAGAGCCUCAAACAAGCUUGUAUCGCCACGGGAAAAGGGGUCAGUGUUGGCAUCAUAUGCCCGUACGCAUCGCAGGUCGAGGCGAUUCAGGGGAAGAUCGGAGACGUGAACGCAAUGCGUCCCCUGGUUCUGCGUGUAAACUCUGUCGAUGGAUUUCAAGGCAGCGAGGAAGAUGUGAUCAUCCUGUCCACUGUGAGGUCCAACGGGACAGGAUCCAUCGGCUUCCUGUCCAACCGGCGACGCGCCAACGUCGCCUUGACGAGAGAGCAAGGCACUGCCUCUGGAUCCUGGGCAACGCGACGACCCUGAGCGGCAGCGGUUCGACCUGGGGAGAGCUGGUCCAAGACGCCGUGGACCGUCGGUGCUUCUUCGACUGGGACGAUGGCGCGAGCGCGUCCAAGACGCCGUGGACCGUCGGUGCUUCUUCGACUGGGACGAUGGCGCGAGCGCGUCUCCGUCCAU